AUGUCAUCUCUGAGUCCCUGGGGAAGGUGCACAGGAGACUGUGGGCCAGGAGGAGUCCAGAGCCGGGCAGUGUGGUGUUUUCACAUUGAAGGGUGGACAAGUCAUCUGUCUAACUGUGAUGAGAGCAACAGGCCUCCAAAGGAAAGAAGUUGCUUCCGAGUCUGUGACUGGCACAGUGACCUCUUCCAGUGGGAGGUGUCUGAUUGGCACCACUGCGUGCUUGUUCCUUAUGCCCACGGCGAAGUGAAGCCUCGGACUGCAGAGUGCGUGAUGGCUCAGCAUGGGCUGCAGCACCGGACAGUGCACUGUGUUCAGAAGUUGAACAGAACCAUGGUUGCAAAUGAAAUAUGUGAACACUUUGCCCCUCAGCCCCCUACAGAACAAGCUUGCCUCAUUCCUUGCCCCCGGGACUGUGUUGUAUCUGAGUUCUCACCGUGGUCCAAGUGUAGCAAGGGAUGUGGUAAGAAAUUGCAGCAUAGAACGCGUGCGGUCAUCGCUCCCCCUCUCUACGGGGGUUUGCAGUGUCCGAAUCUGACUGAGUCAAGAGCCUGUGAUGCUCCCAUGUCCUGUCCUCUCGGGGAAGAGGAAUAUACUUUUAGCCUUAAGGUUGGACCAUGGAGUAAAUGUAGACUGCCUCACCUUAAAGAAAUUAACCUAAGUGGAAGAACUGUUCUGGAUUUUAGCUCUGAUUCAAAUGAGCAAGUCACCUUUAGACAUCAAAGUUACAAAGCACAUCACCAUUCCAAGUCCUGGGCCAUAGAGAUAGGUUAUCAAACUCGGCAAGUCUGGUGUACGAGGAGCGAUGGAAAAAAUGCCAUGUUAAGCCUUUGCACGCAAGACCCCUUCCCAUUGACUGUUCAGUCCUGCGUCAUGCCAAAAGACUGCGAAACCUCCGAGUGGUCCUCCUGGAGCCCCUGCUCCAAGACUUGUCGUUCAGGGCACCUCAUGCCAGGAUUUAGGAGCAGGAGCCGGAAUGUGAAGCACGUGGCUAUUGGAGGUGGAAAGGGGUGCCCGGAACUUCUUGAGAAAGAGGCCUGCAUUGUUGAAGGAGAACUUCUGCAGCAAUGUCCCAGGUAUUCCUGGAGAACAUCUGAAUGGAAAGAAUGCCAAGUCUCUCUCCUCCUCGAGCAGCACGACCCCCACUGGCAUGUGACAGGACCCGCGUGUGGCGGUGGGAUCCAGACCCGGGAGGUGUACUGUGCCCAGAGCAGACCAGCGGCUGCCACACUGAGAGCCAAGGAAGUCUCUAGACCUGUGGAAAAGACAUUGUGCAUGGGACCUGCCCCUUCAGCCUCUCAGCUCUGCAACGUCCCUUGUUCUACCGACUGCAUAGUAUCAGCCUGGUCAGCCUGGGGCCCCUGCGUCCACGAAAACUGCCGCGAUCCUCAGGGGAGAAAAGGAUUUAGAACACGGCAGCGCCAUGUCCUCAUGGAAUCCACGGGCCCUGCGGGGCAUUGCCCUCAUUUGGUGGAGUCAGUUCCUUGUGAGGAUCCAAUAUGCUACCGAUGGCUGGCAUCAGAAGGGAUCUGUAUCCCAGAUCAUGGAAAAUGUGGCCUGGGACAUCGCAUCCUGAAGGCCAUCUGCCAGGAUGACCGAGGUGGCAAACCAUGUCCCCCUAGUCAGGCCCUCCAAGAAUAUCGUUUAUGCAAUGACCAUUCCUGUAUGCAGCUUUACUGGGAGACAUCACCAUGGGGCCCCUGUUCUGAAGACACAUUGGUAACUGCCCUUAAUGCAACCAUUGGCUGGAAUGGAGAAGCUACAUGUGGUGUGGGCAUUCAGACCCGGAAGGUCUUCUGUGUCAAGAGCCAUGUCAGACAAGUGAUGACCAAAAGAUGUCCAGAUUCUACUCGGCCCGAAACUGUGCGCCCCUGUUUCCUUCCAUGCAAAAGAGACUGUAUCGUGACUGCUUUCAGCGAGUGGACGCCCUGCCCAAGGUUGUGCCAGGCAGGAAAUACCACAGUAAAACAGUCUCGAUACAGAAUUAUCAUCCAAGAAGCAGCCAACGGAGGCCAAGAAUGCCCGGAUACCUUAUUUGAAGAGAGAGAGUGUGAAGAUGUCUCAUUGUGCCCUAUAUAUCGGUGGAAGCCACAGAAAUGGAGCCUUUGCAUCUUAGUGCCAGAGUCUGUCAGGCAGAGAAUAACGGGCACCAGGGAAGCCUGUGGAAAGGGGUUGCAAACGAGAGCCAUCUCCUGCAUCUCUGAUGAUAACCAGCCCGCAGAAAUGAUGGAAUGCCUCAAGCAGACAAAUGGCAUGCCUCCCCUUGCACAAGAAUGCGUGGUCCCAUGUCGAGAAGAUUGUACCUUCACUGCUUGGUCCAAGUUUACACCCUGCUCUGCAAAUUGUGAAGCCACCCAAAGUAGGCGACGACAGCUCACAGGGAAAAGCAGAAAGAAGGAGAAAUGCCAGGAUGCUGACCUGUACCCUCUGGUGGAGACAGAAGUAUGUCCUUGUGAUGCAUUUAUAUCCCAACCUUAUGGAAACUGGUCAGAUUGCAUCCUUCCAGAAGGCAGAAGGGAGCCUCAGCGAGGACUGCGGGUGCAAGGAGACAGCAGAGAGUGUGGAGAAGGCAUGCGCUUUCGAGCAGUAGCCUGUUCUGAUAAAAAUGGAAGACCUGUUGACCCCUCACACUGCAGCAGCUCUGGUUAUAUUCAAGAAGAAUGUGUCAUCCCCUGUCCAUUUGAUUGCAAGUUAAGUGAUUGGUCUAGCUGGGGGUCUUGCAGUUCAUCUUGUGGGAUUGGAGUGAAAAUUCGAUCCAAAUGGCUAAAAGAAAAGCCUUACAAUGGAGGUCGACCAUGUCCCAAGCUGGAUCUCAAGAAUCAGGCUCAGGUGCAUGAGGCAGUCCCAUGUUACAGUGAGUGCAAUCAGUAUUCCUGGGUUGUAGAACACUGGUCUUCAUGCAAGAUCAACAAUGAGCUGAGGUCCGUGCGCUGUGGAGGAGGAACACAAUCUAGGAAAAUCAGGUGUGUGAACACUGCUGACAGUGAAGGUGGAGCAGUGAAUAGCAGCCUGUGCAACCAGGAUGAAAUUCCCCCAGAAACCCAGUCCUGUUCUCUUCUGUGUCCCAACGAAUGUGUCAUGUCUGAGUGGGGACUUUGGAGCAAAUGCCCACAGUCAUGUGACCCCCACUCAAUGCAGAGAAGGACUCGUCAUCUGCUGAGACCCUCGCUGAGCUCAAGGACAUGUGCUGAAGACUCACAGGUGCGGCCCUGCCUCCUUAAUGAAAAUUGCUUCCAGUUCCAGUACAAUCUAACAGAGUGGAGCACGUGCCAGCUGAGCGAAAAUGCGACCUGUGGUCAAGGCGUCAGGACCCGCCUGCUAACCUGUGUGCGCAGUGACGGCAAGCCAGUCGCCAUGGACCAAUGCGAGCAGCACAAUUUGGAGAAGCCCCAGAGAAUGAGCAUUCCCUGCUUGGUGGAAUGUGUGGUCAACUGUCAGCUCUCGGGGUGGACGGCCUGGACAGAGUGUUCACAGACCUGUGGCCAUGGAGGUCGAAUGAGCCGGACUCGAUUUAUCAUUAUGCCAACCCAAGGAGAAGGACGGCCAUGCCCCACAGAGCUUAACCAGCAGAAAACCUGCCCAGUGACCCCCUGCUACAGCUGGGUCCUUGGCAACUGGUCUGCAUGUAAAUUGGAGGGUGGAGACUGUGGGGAAGGAGUCCAGGUCCGCAGCCGUUCCUGUGUGGUCCACAAUGGUUUGAUAUCUCACACAGCUGUCCGUGUAGAGGAUGCCCUGUGUGGAGAAACCCCCUUUCAAGACAGUGUCCUAAAGCAGCUGUGUUCUGUGCCUUGCCCAGGAGACUGUCAUUUAACUGAAUGGUCAGAGUGGAGCACAUGUGAAUUAACCUGCAUCGAUGGAAGAAGCUUCGAGACUAUGGGCCGCCAAUCUAGGUCAAGGACAUUUAUAAUUCGGUCCUCUGAGAACCAAGACAGUUGCCCCCAACAGGUUCUAGAAACACGCCCUUGUACAGGGGGCAAAUGUUAUCACUAUACAUGGAAGACAAGUCUUUGGAACAAUAAUGAACGAACUGUAUGGUGCCAGCGUUCAGAUGGCAUUAACGUCACAGGAGGCUGCUCCCCUCAGGCCCGUCCUGCUGCUAUUCGGCAAUGCAUUCCCGCCUGCAGAAAACCUUUCUCCUACUGUACACAGGUGAGUCAUGGGUUGGAGCCUUCUACAAAUGGCCGAGUAAAAAUUUGGGUUUAUGGCGUUUCAGGUGGCGGUUUUCUAAUCAUGAUUUUCCUAGUAUUUACUUCCUACCUAGUUUGCAAGAAGCCAAAACCACAUCAAAGUACACCUCCCCAACAGAAGCCUCUGACCUUAGCCUACGAUGGAGACUUAGACAUGUAACCUGAAAAAGAAAUCCAAAUGUAGACAUCAACUGCCUUAACCGCUUUCUCUUUUGUAGCUCUCAGACUUCUCAGUUUUUUGAGGAAUCUCAUAAUGUGAUAUAUUGGGCAGAAUACAAUAUUGCAAAAGUAAUGUUGCCUCAACUUCACUUGGACACAGAGUCAAAGAUUAUUAGGUCUGCCAUCUUGUUUUCAAGUUUUUUGUGGGUGUGAGUGCUUUAUUUUUUUGGUUUUCCCAAGGGACCUGAAAACCCUUCUCUUCCUGUUUGGAACUGGGAGGAAGAAAACAUGAGAGAAUUCCCACAGACUUGAGUAAACUUGAUCUUCAGCAGCAGAAUGACAAUCCAGAGGAAAGUCCAAUCAAGGCAUUUACUGAAAAGGACGAGUCUGACACUGCAUUGUUAUGCACUAUAUUAGUGCAAAGUUUUAUUCUUCCCAUACUUCAACACUGAGUUUUCUAGAGUUUACAUUGGUUUAAAGACUUUCAAAUUGGAUUGCCUAUUUUCAUGAACACAGAGAGAAUGGGUUAUCAUUUCAGAAAUUCUCUGAGUUUUUACCUUUAAAUAUUGUAUUUUGUUUUAUAGCCAGGGGAUAACGGCACUUCAUGGAUUGCAUCUACUGAAAAUAAUAGAGUGUGUGUAACUGCUGGACUAAAUGAAAGCUAGGUGGUUUCUGAAUGAAAUGUGUACUGAGCGUUAGGGUGUACAAAUGAAAUUGGUGGUUAUAUUGAAGAAUGAGGUAGAUUAUUUGAUUACUAAAACUGUAUUUUAACAAAAACUUAGCCAUGUAGAUAGAGCAUUAACCACACACAGUUGUAAUUCAGUUUAAUGAUGACAAACUCUGCUUUUGUAAUUUCAAUUUUCUUAUCUGAAUAUUUAUAAAUUCUUUUUUUGAAUUUAAUUAUCUGACCUCAUUUAAUAUACAUCUCAAACACCAAUCCUGUUUGUAGCAAGUCUUGCUUUUAUAAGGUUUCAGUAAUAUCUGAAACUACACAUUAAAAAGCUGAGACCAUUUUAUGAAGAUAAUUGUUUGUAAUCGUAGAUGUUGAAAGUAAAAAGGUGCCAUCUUGUGGUAUUGACUUGUAUUUAUAACAAAUAAAGUGCUCAAGAG